GCUCUGCACAUGAUGAGAACUAUGUUGGUAGGGACAUCUGAGAGGCUGAUGAAUGCCAACAUAUCUGAGCUGGGCAUGGAAUACUUCGGGUGGCCUAUCCAGGAGAGCUGAGACGCCGCGGGGCCUUUCUGAGCAGCCAAGUUCAUGCCUGGCUGCCCCAGUGUUCAGCAUGUGUCAGCUACGCUCUUCCCUUCUCAUGGCUUCAGUCCAGAUUGCCCCCAAAUGUGGAGACUUGAAGCUACUUCUUUCCAAGGAUUUGAAUCCUGCACUUCAGAGAUAACGUAGAAGGAACAUCACCUGGCACUUGGCAGAUUGAACUGUAAGCUGUUACAAGAGGAGCCCCCAUGCCUCUUGUGUGAGAAACUAUUUCACCUGUUACUGAUGUUGGUGAAGACAAGACCUUCCUAAUUAAAGGCUUCCAGAUGUUUCUCAUUGUGAGGUGUGAUGGAGCUGGAAGUGAUGCACCUGGUAGUGCUCCAGCAAAAGGUGAAGUUUGCAUGGAGUUCAAGAAACCAGAUGGAUGUGUCUGAGGGAGGGACUGCUGUCUGCAGCCUCACUGGGUGAAGAGGCAACUCUGAAACUAGUGUAUGAAGAAUUGAGAAGAGUAAAGUAUUUCUCCAUUUUACUGUGCUCUGCUUGGGUCAAACAGCAACAGCAGGAGGGUGUUUGGAGGAGCAGAAACUGCUUGGUCUUUGCUCAGGAGCUGCAGGCGUGCAAAGGCGUGGGCUGGUGUAAGACAGCUCAAUGACACCCCGAAAGAAGUUGAAGGGUCUUGUAGCUGCUACCAUCACUCCAAUGACUCCGGAUGGAAAAAUUAACCUGCCGGUGAUUCGUCAGUACGUGGAUUAUCUGGUAAAUGAGCAGAAUGUCAAGAACGUUUUUGUGAAUGGCACAACAGGAGAAGGACUGUCCCUUAGCAUCCAGGAGAGGAGGCAGCUGGCAGAAGAAUGGAUGUGCCAGGGAAAAGACAAAUUAGACCACGUGAUCAUUCAUGUGGGAGCACUGAAUCUGCCAGAGUGCCAAGAGCUGGCAAGACACGCAGCAGCUAUAGGUGCUGAUGGCAUUGCUGUCAUAGCCCCCUUCUUCUUCAAACCCACAAACAAAGACGAGCUGGUCGCUUUCUUACAGAAGGUUGCAUCUGAAGCCCCUGAGGUGCCAUUUUAUUACUAUCACAUUCCUCCUCUGACGGGGGUGAAGAUUCGUGUGGAAGAGUUGCUGGAUGGGAUAAAAGCACAGAUCCCCACCUUCCAGGGUGUGAAGUUCAGUGACACGGACCUCUUGGACCUGGCACAGUGCAUAAACAAGAAUGAAACAGGGGAGUUUGAAUUUCUUUAUGGGGUGGAUGAGCAACUGUUGAGUGCACUGGCAGUAGGGGCAAAUGGAGCAGUUGGAAGUACAUACAACUACUUGGGCCGACAAACCAAUCUGAUGUUGCAAGCCUUUGCAAAGCCAGACUUUGCCUUGGCACAGCAGUAUCAGUUUCUCACUGGGGAAUUUCUCAACUUUGUCAUCAAACUGGGUUUUGGUGUUGCACAGACGAAAGCUGUAAUGACUUUUGUUUCUGGCAUUCCCAUGGGACCUCCACGGCUUCCGCUUGUUGGUGCCUCCAGUGAGUUCAUCGUCAAGGCCAAAGCCAAGCUGGACAGCAUUGUGUGGCCCAACGGUAACUGAUCAUAGAGCCAUGGAAUCACUAAGCUCGAGAAAGACCAUCAGGUCCAACCAUUAGCAUGACACUCCUGGGUCCACCACUAAGCCACAUCCCCAAGUGCCACAUGUAUGAUGUUCAUUUCCACGUUGAUCCGGAUGUUCCUUUUCUGGGAUUCUCUGCCAUAUGGCACAUCCCCCACAUGAUGGGCAGGAUUUCUUUCUGGGAACUGGCAAUGUGCCCAAGCCCCUUCCUGGUAGGGCUGGCUUUGCUGGGGCACACGUGGCCUGACAUUUUACACUGCUCCCCUGGAACUCUGCAUGUUCCACGAUUGACUGGGAUUGUUUAAUAAAAAAAUAGCAAAUUUUUCCCAGCCGGAGAAGGCUGAUGACUUUUGACUAGAAAGGGGGAAGAUCUCUACCUUUCUCAGCUGGUUGGUGUUUUGUCCUCUCCAUAAGGAUACUACAUAUUUGGUUUAAACAACAGUAUGACACCAUCAGGUUGCUCAGUUCAUCAUAAUCACUGGAACAUUGUCUGUGCAUGUAAAAUCCUGCUUCUGUCUGAUCUAUGUGUUUAUACACUUUAAUGCAAAAUUAAAAAAAAAAAAAAAAUCCCUUUUGUAACAGCAAACUUUGGGUCACUAAUAAGCAGGC